AUGGCUCCGAUCGCAAACGUUGGAAUGGGCAGGAACGGGUUAAGGCUCAUUUUAAUACAUCUCCUAAGUAUCCGUACCGUUCAGACUUCGAUCGAGAUUCCGAUUGGUAUAAGGUUGCUCGUUGAUCGUAGGUAUAAUAGGGACGUAGGCGGUUCAGGGUCAAGGCUACCAACCGUUAUAUACAUAAUUAUUAUAUAAUCAUGCCGUAAUGUAAAUUCAGUCGAUUUCCCAUUCCUCUUCGGCACAUCCAUGCAACAGAUGUACGCCAAAUUCUCGUUAAAUACGGCCGAGAUCAGCGUGUUGGACGACGACUGUGGAAAUGCGUAUGGUAAAUGCCGUUCGUAUUGCCAAGAUCGUAAGACUUGAAUUUUGUCGUACUUGCUUUGUCGACUACAAGCACUUUCGUCAAUUUUCAGACAGUUUUUGCCAUUUAUAUUGCAGUCCAAUCUGUUGCAUCGCAAAAGCUUGGCGGGACAAGAAAUGCGAGACCAACUUUGAGGGUUAUCAUCGCAAUUCGACGGCAUUAAAAAUAUUGAAAGACUAUUGGCGCGAUAUGGACCUACAACGCUAUGGAGUUUGGGCGGAGGAUGCGAUAGGCUUCAGACAGCCCGAUGGGACUUUUAUUGAUGCCGGAGUUCAACGGUUUGCCUUGCAAACGGUCAACACCUUCGAUAACAUCGAUUAUCCUAUGACGUAAGUCGUAUAACAAACGUAGGCACAAUAGGGAACGAUAGGUUUUAUUGAAUGGACACAAGAAUAAUACAACCGCUCAAGAGGAGGGAGACAACGACUUCUGAUUGUGAGAAUAGGGGAAAUCUAUCUGAUAAAGACUUUGUCGUUUGAUUCUAUGCAAAUUCGUGGGAAAGAAUUGGCGGUUUCAGUGAAGUCGCCAACAAGUCGCGUAGCACGUCAAUCCAAAAUAGAAGAAAAAAUUUCCCGCCCCUUUUUUGGUGAUUCGUUCAAAAUCCGAUAAAACGCAUUUUCUUAUCUUUCUUCUUCCUUUUCGAGAAAAAAACAAUUAUUUCGGGCGAGAAAAAGUGCCGAUAAUUUCGCGACAUUUCGUCUCUCUUUUAAACCAAUGAAAACGGUACGAAGUUUCGAAACGGUUCAGGAAAUGCGCUGGAUUGACGUGCGUAGCCUAUUUGAAGUCAAGGCAUCCAUGGUUUUAUGUCAGUCUGUCGGGGGAAAACGUGGAUUUGUCGCAGCAAAGCAUCGCGAUGCUUUGCUGCGACAAAAUCCACGAUGCAUCGCAGUGGCUCAUUAUUUUCCCAACUGACCAAUAUAAUCCUUUGGCAAUAAGUACAGCUUGCAGGGCAAGCAUCGGUCUUGGGCGGAACCCUGACAGGAAGAAUUUCGUUCGAAUGCUGUAUGACAAAGGGCACAUUGAGGAGGAAAAAGCUACGAUUGCGUUCCCAUCUGACCUAGGCAUGAUGGUAUUCGGAAAAUCGGAGAUUCACAACUGUAGCCCAAAAUGGGAGGAAGUCAAGUUGUUUGGAACUCGCGAAUGGAUGUUUGAGGCCAUCAAGGUGUCGUUCUUCGACUACACCUCUGAACACAAUUAUAAGGUAACGGUUUUGCAGGUCAUUUGACCUUUGACGUCACGCUCAUAUCUUUUCUCUCCUAAAAACGCAUAUCUUUCAGAUAAUCCUCAUGGAAAGCGGUCUGAAAAUGCCUAGACAUGUUCUCGUACAGUUUAUAAACAACGGUUUCCUGGUUCCCUUUGACAACGUCGAACAAGGGAAUAUCUACAGUCUUAAUUUAACCAACCACAACAAUCUAAACUACGAAUUCAUGCUCAAUUCUAAUUUUACACUACACAUAAAUGAGUCCUCCUUGAAUGACGGACCCUUCACGGAUGUGGAUACGCUUUCAGUGACCGCAAUUGAUCCCAAUCCAGAUAACGUGGAAUGGAUGUUCGGGAUGUUGGUGUUUAGAGAAUAUUGCGUUCACUUAGAUUACAAAAAUAACAUGUUGGGCUUCUCAAAGCUGAGCCGGACAACCUGA